UCACCUCCCAUUGUGAUAUAUACUUUAGAAAGAAAGGAGGGGAUUUUAUGAGAGACUCACUGUAGAGAGAGAGAGAGAAGGAACAGUAAUGGGAGAAUGCUGAGCCGGAAACCCAGCAAGAUCGAAGUGAAGGCGGAGGACAGGGAAGAGCUGGAAGAAGCCCGCCGCCAACGCUCCCUUAAACCCCCCCGCGACGGCCAUCCCUCCUCGAACCCUAAUCCCAAUCCCCUCCACAAAUACCUGGACCCCUCCCCUCUCGACCCCGCCGCAAAAGCCCAGCGCAUCGGCCUCCACCAGCCCUGAAACCCUAAUCCAAUGGAGGUCGAGGUCAAGCUCCGCCUACCCGAUGCCGCCGCCCACCAGCGGCUCUCCGACGCCCUCGCCCCCCACCAUCUCCGCACCCACCUCCAGGAGAACCUCUUCUUCGACGGCGCCGCCGGCCAGCUCUCCGCCCGCCUCGCCGUCCUCCGCCUCCGCUUCUACGACGGAGACUCCCGCUGCGUCCUCUCCCUCAAGGCCCGCGCCCGUCUUGCCGGUGGCAUCAGCCGUGUCGAGGAGGACGAGGAGGAGAUCGACCCCUCCCUCGGCCGCUCCUGCGCCGCCGAGCCCUGGCGCCUCGCCGCCAUGGCCAGCUCCUCCCGGAUCAUGGGAAGGAUCAAGGAGGAGUUCGGGUUGGGCGGUGAAGCGGAAGAGGGGGAGGAAAGGAGCUCUUUUGUUUGCUUAGGGGGGUUCCGGAACGUGAGGGCGGUGUAUGGGUGGAAGGAGGGGCUCGAGCUGGAGCUCGACGAGACACGUUACGACUUCGGUACGGGCUUCGAGGUGGAGUGCGAGACCGCCGACCCGGAGAGGGCCAAGGAGUUGCUGGAGGGCUUCUUGAAGGAGAAUGGGGUCCCUUACUCCUACUCCGAGGCAUCCAAGUUCGCAGUUUUCCGGGCAGGGAAGCUUUUACCGUAGGUCUUGUCUUUCCCCCUCUUAAAAAUUUUAGAUAUGUGAGCUGUUUCUUUUGAAUUGAGAGAGAACUCUUCAUGUUGAAUAAAUUUUUGAUUCUGUCGUUGCUGGUUUAAAUGGAUAAUACAUUUUGAUUGUAUCGAGUUCUUGAUAAAAUUUCUUUUUGAGUGGGUUGAUUUGAUGCAUUUCAAUA